AGAAGAGCCUGUGAGCUGAGGAUGUUUGUGUGAAUAAUGAAGGUACAACAGGUGUGACUGAGAUAAACCACCUGACAGGGCGCGGAAGUCCGGGUUGACGGGAGACGCUUCAGUCCGGUUUAGGAUUGUCUUUUGAGCGUUUUAAAACACCUGCAGCAGAUGAAGAAAGUGGUGAAAAAACCAAAGCAAAGAACAAAAGUGGAGUUUUGGGGGGAACCCUUCAAACAGCGUGAUCCAGUCAGGGUGAGCCGCCUGGGCACUGAUGAGUUUACAACAAUGGACUCUGGAACUAUGACCUCUCGAACAGGGAGAGGAAUAGCAGAAACAUUCCUCUGGCCUCCUGUGUACAGAUCUCCUUGCUAUCCCGUCUUUUUUUAUGCUGGCAACAGAAGAUACAACAGAGAGCCACCCACCCCCCCUGCAUUGUCCACAGUGAGCGCUCCACACGAGGAGAUGGAUCCAUUAACUUUGGCACAAAUACUUAAGGGACUAAGUGACAGGUUAGAAGAUACGGCUACGGAUUUCAGACUGGCCCUCCAGGUGAGGGAUGAUUUACAUUUAGCACGUGCAUAUCGCCCUCCCCCCUACAUAACAUACUUGUUCAUCUCCUCUAAGGUUAUCAUUACUUCUAUUACUCGCCGUUUAAUACACCGUUUAACAAAUUUCACAUGGAAUCACAGGAGUGACUGUGAUGUCCUGGAGAAAAUGGAGCAACAAUCUGAGCAAACCUCAUCUGAAUACCAUUCUCACCUCCUACACCCUCCAGAUUGCUUAAGAAGCAGGACGGACUCCAGCUGUUUGUCUCGCUCUCACAGCGUUCCCUCACUGAGUCUAACAACCUCUGCAGACAACAAGACCUUUACACGAGCAAAGAGCUUACCUGACAUGCUGUUCAAAAACAGCUUUGAGGAGUUUACACCUGAUAUCACUGCUGAUGAGAACGAUGAAAGCUACAGGUUCCAGUGCUCCUGCCCAGGCCUGUACCAGUGCAGUGUGACAGGUCUGCUGUUCCACAUGGAGGGAGAAGGGGACGUGGUCUACAGGAUUGUCCCUUGGGACAGGAGGCUACUGGGCCAACAUCACAAGCAGCCUGCAGGACCCCUGUUUGACAUCAAAUGUGUGCAGCAGUCUAUGUGUCAGCUUCAUCUCCCACACUGUGAGAUCCGCUCCACAGGUGGUUGUGGAUUCUUGUCAGUUGCUCAUGUGAAUGAUGACAGCAUCGAGUUCAUCGUCCCUCAUAAGAUAACAGAAACUCAUGUUAUCAUAAACAUCACAGGGUUUUCUGCUUUCGGUAACGUCAAGGAUGAAGACUGCCCACCUGACCCGGUCCGAGCACUGGUUCUGCUGUUCUACAGACCCCCGGCUGAUCCUGAUCUUGAAUCCCUCCUCAAUGUGUUGUUGCUACCGACGAACGUCGUGCUCCGGGAUGUGCUGCGCAUCAGGAAGAAAUUAUUUGGAGAGGACAGUCUCAUACAGGCAUCCCCCCACUGUAAACUGCACCCAAAGCAGGAAUACAAACUGUCCACUUGUCCUGAAGAUGACUCAGUUCUAGUUCAACCAACAGAAGCAGAAUUUGACUGUGAUAACUAUGACAACUACUUCCCGACUUUCCAGGUGAAUUUAGAAAAAAUCAUGAAACAUAUUAAACUGUUUCUGAGAGAAACCAAAAGCCCCCACAGUGUCUGGGAAAGACGAGUCUGUCUUUCACCCAGUGCAGUAAAAAGAUGUGUGCAGGGCAGUUCAGAUGAGAGGCUGUUGGACAUUUGGAGCAGCUUCAUCGAUGGGAUAUCAGGACCUGUUCUCAAAAGUCUGCUGGACAAACUGUUUGAGAAAACUGUGCUGACUGAUUCUGAGAGGGAGUCAGCGGACGAGAUCCAGAACAAAAGGGAUAAAGCUCGUUUUGUUAUCGAAACAGUGAAGAAUAAAGCAGCUGGUUCAGAGAUGAUUGACCUUCUCUGUGAGAUCGACCCCUUCUUCUCUGAACACCUCGGGUUGAUCUGAAGCUGAAUGAACAGGUGAUACGUGCAGAACAUGUUGACCUGGAGGUUAGAAACUGAUCACCCUGUAAUUCCCGUAAAAGACUUUUCCCUGCAUCAGUCACUGUUCUUGAUCUCUCCUUGAUCAAAGAGAGAAAAUGGUACAUUGUUGUUGUGUAAGACAGUUAUGAGUAGCUGGCAUUAACUUAUCUUCUGUCUGUAAUUGUUAAAGGUUCAUCAGUUUUCCUGGUAUGGGAACCUCACAAUCUACUGAACACAUUAUACUGUUCAUCCAUUUAGAAAAGUUUCAGCAAUUAGAUGUACAAUUUGUGAUUUUUUUCCCUUUAUAAACAUAAAAAUAUCCCUUCAUCACAACUAUACCAUAUUUACGGAGCCCCUAAAGGGACAUG